UUAACUUUUAUUUUCUGUCAAAUUUAGCAUCUUACUUGGUUCCUAUUUUUAUGAUUUUCCUGUUUAGGUUAUGUUUUAUCAUUGUUUAAAUCCAUUACUAUUGCAAAAUUUUACAUCGAUAUUUUUUUGUAUUAUUCAGUUCGUUCUUAUAUUAUUAGUACUCGAUACACAUAAUUGUAAUUAUUUUGUGUACUUUUCUGUUAUAGUGACAAUGGCAGAAAGAAAGAUCACUUUCAUUAGAGACUUGGACAAUAUGAAUGAUGAUUACACACUAAAAGUGUCUAUUAUCCGGCUGUGGAAAUCGCUUUCAGAUGGCAACCCCACUAUUGUCAGAUCAAUUGAGAUGAUACUCAUGGAUGAAAUGUGUACAAAAAUCCGAGCAAGUGUGUAUCCAAGAGAUUUUCAAAGGUUUGAGUCCAAAUUGAAAGAAGAUCAAGCUGUUUACAUCCGGUCCCCCACUAUCGCUCCUAACAAAUACACUUUUAAAAUAAGUGAUGUAACCUCCAAGUUAAAUUUCCAUAGAAGAACAACUGUUAACGAGUGUCUACACUUUCAAUCCAAAACAAAAUAUGGAUUUUCUUUUGUUUCUUUUGAAACAAUUAUCUCUGCAACAGCUACAUCUAAUGAAUCAAUUGAUAUUAUUGGUGAAGUUGUUUCAUUAGGAAAGCUUGAUUCCGUGAUAGGUUUACAGGUUAAUGUUACGUUGUUUGGAGAUAUUGCAUACCAGUUAAUUUCUUAUCUUGAAGCUCAUAAAGAAGUUGGUCGUGUGAUUGUCCUUUUGCAAUUUGCAAGAAUUAAUGUCUAUAACGCAACACCUUCUGUGAACAGUUAUUUUGAACACACACGGAUGUUCAUAAAUGCUAAUCUUCCCGAAAUGGUCGGCCAAUAUAUCAUUGUCGGGACCAUUUAUGGUAUUCGCCAAGAUAUUGAUUGGUAUUAUGAUGCGUGUACAAACUGUGGAAAGAAAGUUCAAACAGAAGAUUUGUUCAGUGGUGCAGAUAGUGGUGAUGCAAGUGUCGUUUUAAAAUGCAAUGGUGAUAAUUGUAAAAAUAAGACGAUCUCUUCUGUUCCAAGGUAUAAAAUACCUAUUCGUGUGCAAGAUGAUUCUGGAACAAUCACUCUAACUCUCUUCGAUAGAGAUGCUUAUAGAAUCGUCAAAAAACGCGCACGUGAUCUUAUAGAUAAAAUCAAACAGGCUGGGGAUAAUCCAAGAUUAUAUCCUUACGACCUCAAAUGUUUGGAGCAUAAAAAGAUGGCUUUUAAGAUAGAUGUUAACAGUUUUAAUGUAUCCAAUAACUACAAUCGGUUUGGGAUACUUGGCUAUACGGUUGAUAGUAACGUUAUCGAUGCUUUGGAAAAAAAGUUAGCUGUCGAGGCAGGUAGUCCUGCAAAUGCUGAUGAUACAGAAAUCGCAUCUCAUGAAGUAUCUCAAGAAACAAAGUCCUUAAAGGAUGCGAUAUCGCAAACAGGUGAUAAUUUGACCCCAACAUUGCCCGACAAAUUUGAAGCUACAAGUCCGUUCAAGUAUAAUUCCCCAACAACAGUAAAAAAACGAAAUGUUGGAGAUACCAUUGAUGUUGAUGAUUAUGAUAAUGUGAAUUCAUCCACCAAGGUCCCUCGAUUGAAUUCUAAAGUUGAUGGCAACACAGGUCUAUUAAUACCAAAGCUUGAAAAGUAA